CAGUUGAUCUAAAUAAUCUAAAUUCUACACUGUUUUAAUAUUAGCUAUAUUUGGUAUUAUACUGCAUGUUCCUAUAUUGAUAUACAUAGAUUAACAACAUUAUCAAUUUAGUGAUAAGUUAAUUAGUGGUGUGUUAGCCACUAUAACGUAAAGUAUAUAAUAAUAAAUAAUUCAGUGAUUUGUAUUAUUUAUAUUUUGUUCUGUUUAGCAGUGAAACUAAAUUUUUCAGAUUGAAAAUAAGAGGUUAAAAUGCACUUUACCUUUUAAUUUUACGUGCAAUGGUUAGGGUCAAUAGAGGAUUACUUCCAAUAAAGGCCCAUUUUCUGUUCUUUAUGGCAGCAAUGGGUCCGAUCCUUCCGCAACUGUCCGUCUAUGGUAGAGAAUUAGGAAUCUCACCAGUAGUCAUGGGAACCGUAACGGGAAUAUUGCCUAUUUUAUUUUUAUUAUCAAAGCCAGCAUUUGGACUACUUGUUGAUGUAUUGAGACAUUACAGAAAAGCAAUAUUUCUUGGUCUAAUAUUGGCGACAAGCUUAUUCUACGCAUUGCUGUAUUUUGUGCCGUCCCGCUUUAUAUCACAGUACCACUUCAAAAAGAUACAAUGUUCACAACCGGAAACAUGUAAAUUGGACAAUUUGGAGGAUCUUUCAUGUAAUAGUACAAGUCGAGUUACCUGUGAUCUGAAGUGCAACAAAGACACUUUUAAAGGCAUAUCUGGGAUAAUACAAUUGGGACUGCAAGACAAUGUCUGCUUUUAUAAUGCGAGUUUGGAUUGCUCUGUUUGCGAUGCAAUAUGUGAUGAUGACAUUGAAAAUAACACGCAUUGUUUAUAUACAUCUUUUACAUUCUGGGCUUUUAUUAUCCUAAUUUCAUUAGGGACUAUUGGUUUUAACGUUCUAAACUCAAUUAGUGACGCAAUUUGUUUUGAUGUAAUUGAAGACGAAUAUGAUUAUGGAAAACAGAGAGUGUGGGGUACAAUAGGUUUUGGGAUCACCGCCUUAAUUUCUGGGUACGUCGUGCAAUAUUUUUCUGGUAAUCAACUGACAUACACUCCGGCUCUGAUAAUCAUGUUAAUAUGUACAGCGAUAGACUUUUUUGCGUGUAUUAAACUUGAGAUUCCAAUAAUUCAAGCUCCGAAAAACAUUUUUAAAAGUCUGAAGGACCUUUUAAAUAAUUGUCAAACAAUCGUAUUUAUAUUUUAUGCCACAAUGGCUGGAAUUGUAGAUAGCUUUGUUGUAUACUUUUUAUUUUGGUACAUAGAAGACUUCGCAUUGCUGACAAAGACACCAAAUACAAAAUUGUUGGAAGGCUUAAUAGUUGCAGCGCAAACCCUGGGCGCCGAAAUUAUAUUUUUUUAUAUAUCAGGGACAAUUAUAAGAAAAAUUGGAUAUGCCGCAACCUUCAGUUGUUGUUUCCUUAGUUAUGGCAUCAGAUAUGGUUUAAUAUCCAUAGUACCAUCACCCUGGUGGAUUAUACCUAUUGAAGCUCUAAUGCAAGGACCCUCAUAUGCUCUGAUCUAUACAACCAUUGUAGCAUAUGCAAAUGCAAUCUCGCCUCCUGGAAUGUCGGCAACCAUGCAGGGUAUAGCGGCUGGAAUGGAUGAUGGAUUUGGAUAUGCAGUUGGCAGUGUACUGGGUGGUAUUCUUUAUAAAUAUAUUGGCGGUACCAGCACACUCAGAGUAUUCAGUGGAUUAAGCAUAGUUUGUGGAAUAAGUUAUUUAAUUAUUCACAAGACGAUCCUUCGGAAUACUGAAGAUCCUACCGCUGUUAAAGUGCAGACUUAUCAUGCACCAGGGAAUAAUGAAGAUCUUGUUGCAUGAAUAGGUGCCUUAUUUGAAAGGAAAACAAUUUGUACAUGUGUCACAACCUUCAAAAUAUAUUAUUUUUUAUAACGUUAUACUACAACAAUUUGUUAAAUAAAACUAGUCACUCAAAAUUA